AUUUCUAUUUUCAGUGGGCCAAAGGCCAUAUAUGUUUUCUGCAACCCACAGGGCAGACCAUGAAGCUGAAGGAACUUGAGAAACCAGCUGUCCAAGCAUGGAGCCCAGCCAGCCAGUACCCUGUGUACCUGGCCACAGGAACAUCUGCUCAGCAACUAGAUGCCUCUUUUAGCACAAAUGCCACACUGGAAAUAUUUGAGGUUGAUUUCAGGGACCCUUCUCUGGACUUGAAACACAAAGGAAUUCUUUCUGUCUCAAGCAGGUUUCAUAAGAUAAUCUGGGGAAGCUUUGGCCAUGGGCUGCUGGAAAGCUCCGGGGUUCUUGCUGGUGGCGGAGACAAUGGCAUGCUUACUCUAUACAAUGUGACGCACAUCCUUUCUUCAGAAAAGGAGCCCUUGAUUGCCCAGAGACAGAAACACACGGGAGCUGUCAGAGCCCUGGACUUUAACCCUUUCCAGGGCAAUCUCCUGGCCUCAGGAGCCAGCGAUUCUGAAAUCUUCAUUUGGGAUUUGAACAACCUGUCUGCUCCAAUGACACCUGGGUCCAAGUCACAGAAGCCCCCAGAAGACGUCAAGGCGCUGUCUUGGAACCGCCAAGUCCAGCACAUUCUGUCUUCUGCUCACCCCAGUGGCAAGGCAGUUGUGUGGGAUCUCAGGAAGAAUGAGCCCAUCAUCAAAGUCAGUGACCACAGCAGCAGGAUGAACUGCUCGGGCCUGGCCUGGCACCCAGACAUAGCCACCCAGUUAGUGCUGUGCUCCGAAGAUGACCGGCUCCCGGUGAUUCAGUUGUGGGACCUGCGCUUUGCUUCCUCACCCCUGAAGGUGUUGGAAAGCCACAGCAGGGGGAUCUUGUCGAUAUCGUGGAGCCAGGCUGAUGCCGAACUGCUGCUUAGCAGUGCCAAAGACAGCCAGAUUUUCUGCUGGAACCUGGCAAGCGGUGAGGUGGUGUACAAGCUGCCCACACAGGAUAGCUGGUGCUUUGACGUUCAGUGGUGCCCCCAGAACCCUCCUGUGUUCUCUGCUGUCUCCAUCGACGGCUGGAUCAGUUUGUACUCUGUGAUGGGUAGGAGCUGGGAAGUCCAGCACAUGAGGCAGGCUAACAAGAUUGUCUCUUCCUUUAGCAAAGGCCAGCCUCUCCCACUGCUGCAGGUGCCUGAGCAGGUGGCCCAAGAAUCAUUAAUUCCUCCCUUGAAGAAACCUCCCAAGUGGAUGAGAAGGCCAGCAGGUGUCUCAUUUGCUUUUGGAGGAAAGCUGGUUACCUUUGGCCUUCCCAGCGUUCCUGUCCAGCAGGUGCCACAGCCUUGCCCCCGCCCUGUCUUCAUCAGUCAAGUCAUCACAGAAUCGGAGUUCCUGGCGAGGUCAGCUAUGCUGCAGGAGGCCUUAGGAUCUGGGAAUCUCCAUAAUUAUUGUCAGAGCAAGAUUCAGCAAAUUUCACUGCCGUGUGAAAAGAUGCUUUGGCAGUUCCUGAAGGUGACCUUAGAGCGUGACUCCAGGCUGAAAUUUCUCAGGCUGUUGGGCUACAGCAGAGAUGAGUUUCAGAAGAAGGUGGAUUCAUACCUGAAAAGUGACUCAAAGUUAGAGAGAAGCCCUCCCCUUGAGGCAGUUGAGCCCAAAAGUGACAGAGCACACACCUUUUGCAGCCAGGCCUCCACGCACACCACCGAGGAAGCCUCUGCAUCCUCAGCCUUCUUUGAUGAGCUGGUCCCUUACAACAUGACUCCUUGGGAGAUCCCCAUCACAGAAGACACUGAUGGGCUCCUGAGCCAGGCCCUGCUGCUUGGGGAACUGCGGCCUGCAGUGGAGCUGUGUCUGAAGGAGGAACGCUUUGCUGAUGCCAUCAUCCUGGCUGAGGCUGGGGGUGCAGAGCUGCUACAAUGGACACAAGAACACUACUUGGCCAAGAGGAAAACCAAAAUCUCCUCGCUUCUAGCCUGUAUUUUAAAGAAGAAUUGGAAGGACCUAGUAUGUUCCUGUAGCCUGAAGAACUGGAGAGAGGCACUGGCCUUGCUACUGACAUAUUCAGGGCCAGAGAAAUUCCCCGAGCUCUGUGACAUGCUGGGGACCCGCAUGGAGCAGGAGGGAGGCAGGACACUCAGCUCGGAAGCCAGACUCUGCUAUGUGUGCUCAGGAAGUGUGGAGCGGCUGGUAGAGAGUUGGGCAAAAUUCCAGCAAGCCUCUUGCCCCUUGGCUCUGCAGGACCUGGUGGAGAAGGUGAUGGUCCUCAGCAAGAGCUUGGAGCUACUGCAGGGUUCUGACAAGAUGAGCCCAGGUCCUGCCACAACGCACAGGCUCACCCAAUAUGCCAGUCUCCUGGCAGGCCAGGGCAGUCUGGCCAUUGCCAUGAGCUUCCUGCCCAGUGACUGUACCCAGCCCACAGUUCAGCAGCUGAGAGAUCGGCUUUUUCAUGCCCAAGGUUCUGCUGUCCUGGGCCAACAGGCUCCUGCUUUCCCGUUUCCGAGGGUCGCUGUAGGAGCGGGCCUCCACUCGAAAGAGACAUCAUCGUACAGAAUGGGGUUCCAGCCCCCUCACCAGGUUCCAGCUCCGUCUGCAAGGCCGAAGGCCACAGCACAGCCAUCGUUAGUGCAGCCCUUCAUACCCUCCCAUGCCAUCCCUUCUCAAGGGCUCAGGACACAGUCUGCAAGCGACUACGGGGUACCUGGGCCCCAGGCACCCCUGCCUUUGCAUUUUGGGCCCGGAGUAAGGCCCGCUUUAUCUCAGCCACGGCGGUUAGGAGGACAAAGUGCUCAACCUGCCAACCUGGCUGGAUUCUCUGGAGGAUGGCCUCUUCCUGGUCCCACUCCGCUAGUGGCUUCCCCAGACAUCAUGUACCCUGGCUCCACCCACCUGCCUGAGACUCCUAGACUACUCCCUCUGCCUCCCAUGGGACCAUCUGGCCCCAACCCUCUGGGCUCCCAGCUCUCGGCCUCUCCUGCCAGUUUCCCUGUGGCUAACCCUCCUGGAGGGCCAGGAGCUCCAUGUUCUGGUGCCCUCACAAGCACUGGUAUCUUCACUCCUCGUCCAGGAUCCCAGGAUGCCUGGAAAGUUGCUCCAGCCACCCCGGGAAACCUCCAGAGGAAAAAGUUGCCAGAGAUGUUUGUGCCUCCAGCACCGAUCACAGCUCCAGUUAUGAGCCCUGGCCCUGAGCCACAUCAGGCUUUGCUGCCACAGCCCCAGGUCUCUGGUGUGAGCCAGUCUCCUCCUGGAGCCCCACGAGAACAGCACAGCCUGCAGCAACUUCACCAGCUGCGUCCUGAGAAGGUGGAGAAGGGGCUGCCACCAGAGCAUCGGUGUCUGAAGGACAGCUUUGAGGCCCUCCUUCAGCGCUGUUCCCUGUCUGCCACUGACCUGAAAACAAAAAGGAAGCUGGAGGAGGCAGCUCAGCGUCUAGAAUGUCUGUAUGAAAAGCUCUGCGAGGGGACACUCUCACCCCAGGUCCUGGCUGGGCUCCACGAGGUUGCCCGCUGUGCGGAUGCAGGAAGCUUUGAGCAGGGCCUUGCGGUGCACGCCCAGGUGGUGGGCUGCAGCAGCUUCAGCGAGGUGUCCAGCUUCAUGCCUGUCCUGAAGGCUGUCCUCACCAUCGCACACAAGCUGCAGAGCUAACCCGGGCAGACUCUUCUCCAGGAGGCCCCUUCU